CCCCUUCGAGAGUCGCGUCAGAACAGAAUAUGACGCACGUUGACGAUUUAAGCCUGUUGUAACUAGCGUUAGGAUGGCCAGAGGGCAUAAAGCAUCUCACACAUCAUGGCCAUACCGCUGCAAGAGCUAUCAAGCUGGCCAUAUCACUAGAUGAUGCUGCAUCAUUUCGACUUCUCCUUGAAACCGAAGAGGCAAUGUUCGCCCAACAUACAGAUCCCUCCCCGCCUGCUGUUGACGGCGUUAAUGGCCUCUGGAUUUUCAGGUUGAUCCUGGAGGAGAUCGGUUGGGACGUCUUGGGCUUAUUCAAGAUUGCAACAUAUGCUCUGAGAAGUCGAAGGCAGAGGUUUUUGCAAUUGGCUGCCGUCGUACUCAGGGAAGAUGAACUAGAGUGUGCUAGGUCAGGGCAUCCUGGUCUUCUUGACCGCAGCGCUGAUUGGAUAUGCGCCCAAUUGGAGAGAAAAACUGUCAUCCCGCCCGCUUUAGACUGUUGCCACGGCUCGCCUUAUCAUAUAAGAUUUAUCAAAAAUCAAGCUCUGGAGGAGAGGGUGGUCCAUGCUCUCGAUAUAUCCCAGUGCCUGUACGCGGCGGGGUUCGUCGAUGUCGAUGUACCUGACAGAUCAGGGCACACGCCGCUCUUUCAGAACAUCAAAGAUUACAAUAAGAAGAAUCAGAACGACGGUCAAUGGCUUAUUUGUAUGGAUUUAGCGACAUGGUUCAUCACCCGCGGAGCCGAGGCCGUUAACAAGAAUCCCGAAGGAUGGCCUAAUAUCGUGUACUACUUGGCACUUGCUCUCCCCGAGCGCCGUUUUGGCACUGUAGGCAGCGUGAAUGAGGACUUGAGAGCUCUGUCGUCUGAUGCGAAACUUCACAUAUCUACCGAUGGCUGCGACUGUUUUUGUUCGACUGCUGGCUGUCUUCCGAGUCGCUUAAUCUUUAGAGGCCAACGGGUUAGCGAUCCUUCUGUUGCCGGUCGACUCAAUCAAUGGUUUAACACCUGGAAAUGGAUUCAACUAGCCAAGAAAUGAUCUGUAGAGAAGAGUGUAGAAGAGAGUUGUUUGAUCGCCUCGGAAUGUCUCAUACUUGCUGUUCGGGUCGCGAUGGCACGUCAAGUCGUCGAACCAGGUUAGAUGACGAGAUAUCGCAAAUGCAAGAUGAGGAUGCUAUGUUGGCUAGCCAGCUUGAUAGUCUGAUGGAGAAAUACGAUCUUGCGAGGGA